CUGAGGAGUUUUAAGGAGUUUAAGAAUCUGCGCAUUCAACAUUGCCUGGCCAACGGAGGUUAAGCCGUCUACUCAAACAAUUUCUACAAACCUCUACAAACGGACGUCAGGGAGGGAAGUCGCACAAGGCAACUACGAUAAGCUAUCAUUUGAAAGUUGAAAUAAUCUAUACAAGAGUAAUAACAAGCUGUUUUGCCGCUUUCGGAAUCCGGUUUUGCGAUGUUGUAGGCGGUCAUAGUACAAGUCGAACAUGGGAACCUUCUUUCCAACCCUGUAAGUGCUCACCAAUCUCUGCUCAGUGUGUAUACACCGUUCAGAUGCGGGCAGCACGGAGCCUACCCACUGCCUAAUCGAACGUCAUAAUUGAACACGCCCGACAAAUCAAUAAAUAGUAUCUGCAAAAAAGAAGCAGCAACAAGGUGUCGCUGUCCUAAUGGCCUCAAAGGGGCUCAAAGAAGGCGGAUCCGGUGGUGCCAAAAAAAAACUGGAAAUGACAACCCCAACAGAUAAAAAAAAACACGAACCACGAACAAAGCCACUUGGAGAGCGAGCCGGUGAAAAAGAUAAGGAAAGGCACAGUAACAAAAAACAUUUACGGAUCAAUAAUGCCAAAGACCCCCGCGGGAAACUCGAUCUUGACUGCUUAGAACGACGAUUGCUGACAUUGCGCAAGAUGAAGAGCGCGUUCUGCAAAAUGGAGAAAUGGGAAAUCAUGGAUUUGUGCGAUCUUGUCACACCAAUUUUCUAUUCACAACCAACGCUUCUCGAUCUGGAUGUGCCAGUGCAUAUAGUUGGUGACAUCCACGGUCAAUUUUCAGACCUGUUAAGAAUUCUGGAGCAGGGUGGCUUCCCGCCUAAAACAAAUUAUUUGUUUUUGGGCGACUACGUUGAUCGAGGCCGAGCGUCUUUGGAAGUAAUCGCUUUGCUUUUCAUAUACAAAAUUCGCUUCCCUGAACACGUCUUUCUUCUCCGAGGCAACCACGAAUCCCUACGGAUAAAUGCCGUUUACGGGUUUUUUCUUGAAUGCAUGAAUCGGUUUGACGCCAUUCUGUAUCAUCGCAUUAAUGAGGUAUUCGGCUACCUACCGUUGGCAGCUGUUGUGGGCGAAAAAAUAUUUUGCUGUCAUGGUGGUCUGUCACCUGACCUACGGGAUUUGAGGCAAGUUGCGUGCAUGGAUCGGCCGAUUCCCGAAGUUCCCCAAGAGGGACUUGUAUGCGAUCUCCUGUGGGCGGACCCCUACAUGGGUUCUGAAUGGAGGCGGAGUGAUCGCGGAGUAUCGUACCUGUUCGGAGUCCCACAGUUAAACGCGUUUCUAGAAAAGAAUAACUUCGACCUGUUGUGUCGGGCUCACCAGGUUGUUCAGGAUGGCUACGAGUUUUUUGGGGACCGUCGGCUCGUUACGAUAUUUUCAGCUCCGAACUAUUGCAAUGAAUUUAGUAAUUGUGCAGCAAUCUUGAUGGUGUCUGCGGAUCUAACAUGCAGCUUUCGGGUGAUCAAGCCACAAGAAUUGCAAAGUCAAUUCUCAGAUCUAUAAAACAAAGAUCGUGCAGGAUAACUGUUUUUGUCGGGGGACGUCGACUUAAGACAGCCUUCUUGGUGGCCAACUAAACCGAUGAAUUUACUAGAUGUUCGUCAAUUUUCCGGCCGCAGCGUAUAACGCAAAUAUAAAAAUGAAAUAUGGAGGAAAUGUGCGAAGGUAUGACAUGUCAUGCCUCAACCAGGACUCACCAUGUUGAACCAUCUUAUCGUCUUCUGUUUCAAGAUUUGUAACCUGAAAGAACGCUCGUGAAUGAUGUAGAACAGUAACGUCUUCGUGAUGAUCUCUUGAGAUCAAACACCGUAUGGUAUUUUGAUUUACAAGUAGAACAUGUCAAUAGUAGACGAUUCGACAGCGAUCUUGUGUCUUCCUGAUACAAUUACGACGACAACAACGAAACAAGCUCUAUUUUUGUUAGUAUUUUAAUGCAGUAUUUGUUAUUGACUGAACAAUUCGCUUGUUCUAGGAUUGUGGGUAGCGGAGCGUAAAAUAUUUGUCAGUGAUGUGGGAACAACUUUGUGAAUCGGAUGUAGGUUGCCAUGAAUCUGUAGACGAAAUUGGUAUUACGGAAUAAAUAUUUUACCCUGA